AUGGCAACUAUGAAAUCGGGAUGGCAUUAUACUGGUGAUAUGACAUGUGGACGAGCAGAUCAUACAGCAUCUUUAUUAAAGAAUGGAAAUGUAUUAGUAGCUGGUGGAGGUGGAAGUGGUACUAUAAUUUACAACACUGCUGAGAUAUAUAACUCAUCAGCAGGUAUAUGGACUAAAACUGGUAACAUGACAUAUGCACGUGAAGUCCAUACGGCAUCUGUAUUGCAUAAUGGAUUAGUACUAGUUGCUGGUGGAGAAAUUGAUAAACAAACUUUAGAUAGUACUGAGUUAUAUGACCCAUCAAUGGGUAAUUGGACUAAAACUGGUAAUAUGAUACAUGGAAGAGUAUUUCACGCUGCAUCUGUGCUGAAAGAUGGAAAAGUCUUAGUUGUUGGUGGAUUAGGUAGUGAUGGGACAGUUUUAAACACUGCUGAAAUAUAUGAUCCAUCAACAGGUAAAUGGACUCUUACUGGUAACCUAAGCGCUGCGCGAUAUGACCACACAGCAUCCAUACUUGAUGACGGAUCGGUGUUAGUGAUUGGUGGAGAAGAUAAUAAGAAGGCAACUCCAACCUCUCCUGGAUACAUAGUUGAGUUAUAUAACUCGUCAACUGGAAAAUGGACUAUUCAAGAAAGUUUAAAUAAUCCGCGGAUUUGGCAGUCAACAUGUGUGUUAAAGAACGGAAAAAUAUUAGCAAUUGGUGGAUUUCCAAUGUUUGGGCUUGAAGAUUUAUCCAGUACUGAGUUGUAUGAUCCAUCAACUGGCCAUUGGACGAUUACUGGCAGUUUAAAUCAAGCGAGAUCGUUUACAACAGCGUCUCUAUUAAAUGAUGGAAGAGUAUUAGCUGUCGGAGGAGCAUUAUUUGAAGGAGAUCCUCUAAAUAAUGCCGAGUUAUAUGAUCCAUCAACUGGUAAUUGGACUGUUGUUGAAGAUUUAAAUAGUGCACGACUGGAUCAUACAUCAUCUGUUUUACCUAAUGGGCAAGUACUAGUCACUGGUGGAUAUGGUCCAUUUCUUCAAGCACUAGUUGAAUUAUAUGAUCCAUCAACAGAACUUUCGACAACUCUCAUUGGCAUGAAACAUAAAGGACGAUCACAUUCAAUAUCUAAAAUAACAAAUGCAAAAAUGUCGCAUGCUCGCAGACAAAAUCGUUCCAAACUUCUCUGA